AUGGUGGAGAUCAGGGAUCAAACGAAUCAAACCGGGGAGGGCAUCUGGGCUCAGACCAACUUAGAAGAGGACAUUGUCCUUUUACGUGUGUCUGGGAGGCCCUUCUACUGGCCGAGCAGUCCCAAUGCUGCGUGGCGUUCCGCUCCGUCGAUGUAUUGCGGAAAGGAGACGGCCUGCAUCAAGCUGUUUGAGGGCGCUUCCUACUCAGUGGUACCUAGUCGACUCAAGAGUCACUACCUGAGGUACCGGGGUCAGGAAGUCAUCUGGCAAUCUGAUUCGGUGCACAUGACAGUGAUGGUGGCUAAGACACCACUUUCGCUUGCUGCAUUUGUAACCGAUGCUUCUCAUCAUUCGAAUUGGAGGUUGACAACGCAACUCAUCAGUCUCCCGACCUCUGCCUCGUCGAAGCCAUUCAGCCGUGUGACCCUCCAACUGCCUUGCUGGGACAAAGCAGCAACGCGGCUCCAGGUCACGAGCCCGACCCCUGCUGAGGCUGAGGUCUCCGCAGUGAUCAAUGGUACCUGA